CAGCAGCGAACGUGGAGCAAGUUGGUUGUGUCGCGCUUCGUUUCGGUAUCUCUCUCUGCUUCUGGUUCAAUUUCGUGUUUUGCUUGGCUCUUGUGCAGCCAGUCUGCUUCAAUACGCAAAAAAAAACAGUCUAAAGCUUUGCGACCCAUAAAACUAACGACAACAUAAAACGUGCUGUAAACAAAAACAACAAAAAGAAAAACAACAACAACAAUAUAAACACAAAAAAACUUAAAAAAAAAAAGGCUUAGCAACUGCAAAAACGACUUACGAAUUUUCACAACUUUAUGUUUGUAACGGAUUUUUGAGGCACUUUGCAAAAAAAAACAAAAUUUUUUUUUGAUUGCCGUUUUUUGCUUUGCUACCCGUUUUGGAGAUUUUGGUAGCGAAGCUCCAUUUUAUGCGCUGCUUGGAAAAGGCUCUGCAAAAUCGCAUCACACUUAAAUCGGUCAGUCGCAAAUCAAUUAAGGGCUAACAACAACAACAACAUCAACAGCAGCAGCAACAACAACAACAGCAAGAGAAGCAACAGUAGCAGCGAAAACAACAGAGCAACAACCCAUAGUAUGCGUCUCUUUAAAACGCGCAAAUCUACGGACACAUACAGCACUUUAAGCGCCGCUCAGCAACAGCAACAUUUGAGCAACAACAGCAACACUUGCCCUAGCGGCAGCAGCAGCAGCAAGCCAAACAACAGCAGCAGCAACAAAACUCACGCCUUGGCAACAUGCAGCAACAGAUUCAGCAAAAGCAUUGCCAGCAGCAUAGCCAUAUCCUCAUCCUUGCCUGAUCUGCACGAUAACUCGCCCGUCAUGAUACUAAGCUGCACAACCCUAACAAGCAAUGGCGCCGCCACAGCAACAGCGACAGCAGCAGCAGCAACUGGCAAUAAUGGGCAGCCGUUACGCACAGCCACGCCCACAUGUCUGCUAAGUGGACGCCAGACGCCGUCAGGGCUAUCGGUGCUCUCGUUGCAGGAGGCCAACACUUUGCACAAGCAACAGCACCAGCAGCAACAACAACCAACCAUUUAUGUGCCCAAUAAGCUGAGCAACAAUGUCAACAAUGCCAGCGCAACAAACUAUCUGCUCAGCUACGCCAACAGCAGCAGCGGCAGCGUCCAGCAACAACAUCAACAGCAUCAACAGCAGCACUAUCAGCAAUAUGUGGCACAGCGUCUUCACCCCGCUGCUAGCUCAGCCUCCAAUAGCUGCUUGUAUGAGAAGUCAAAUUUGAACGGAUCGGGAGGAUGUCAUGGCAGCAGCAUCUCGCUGGCGUCAAAUGGUCAUAUGCCCGACUACAAACUGGUUACGGCCGUGCCCGUUGUUGUCCUGGACGAUGAACAAAAAUUGGCCACUGCACCAGCAGCGGCUGAGACGAACAGCGACAUUGGCACCGGAAGCGCCUCAUCCUUGGCAAGCACCACACGCAAUGUGUUCACGUGGGGCAAGCGCAUGAGUCGCAAACUGGAUUUGCUAAAGCGCAGCGAGUCCCCUGCCGCCAACACACACAAGUCGCACACGGAUCUGCGCAGUUUGUUUCACUCGCCAACGCACAAGGCUAACAAUGCGAAGCCGUCAGCAACGCCUACUGGAGCUUAUCAGGGCAGUACGCUUAAAAAGUGCAAGUCGGGACCCAUUGAAACGAUCAAGCAGCGUCACCAACAGCAGCAGCAGCAGCAGCAGCAGUUCCAGCUGCAAUCGCCACAGGAUGCGGCAAGCAGGGGCAGCCAGAGCGCUCAGUCAACGCCGACGCAUCAGUACCAGCCAGCAACACGGCCACAAAAGGCGCUGAAGAAUUUCUUUCAUCGCAUUGGCUCCACGGGCAUGCUGAAUCAUCGCUCGCACAAUCUGCUAAAGGCCUCCGAAGCGUCGCAGCAGGCAGCUCCAACCAGCCAAACGCUGUAUCGCAGCAGCUCGACCAGCCAGUUGUCCAGCUGCUCGUACAUCAAGUGCGACGAUCCCACCGAGGGUCUGAAUCUGCACAGCCAGCAGCAGCGGCAACAUUUACAGCAGCAGCAGCAGCACUCGCCACGCAUAUCAAGCCUCAAGUCCAGCAGUUGCGAUGACAUUGCCAAGGUGAGCAGCUGCCUGACCGCCAGCAGCAGCAAUGGAAGUGCUGCCGGCGACAAUGUGGGCUCCCUUCCCCCCCUUCAAGGUGGGGGCGGAAGUAACCCGGCCAGCAGCGGCGGUCAGCAGGAUGCCACCCGUCGUGGCGCCUUUCCUUAUGCCUUUUUGCGUUCACGACUCUCGGUGCUUCCCGAGGAGAACGGUGGCUCUGUGCUGCUAAAGCAUCAGCAACAACAACGCGAGCAAUUGCAGCGGGAAGCGGCCGUGAAUCAGAAUGCAUCGACCACGUCGCAGACACAAUCUCCGCUGCCUCAGCGCCACUCGCCGGAGCAACAGCUGGUGAAUGUGUCUCGCAAUGACAGCAUCUCAUCCAAGGACUGGGAACCACUUUACCAAAGAUUAAGUAGUUGUCUGAGUUCAAAUGAGUCGGGCUAUGACAGCGAUGGCGGCGGCGGCGGGGGCGGGGGCGGAGGCACAGCCGGUGCCCGCCUGGGCAAUAAUCUUAGCAUCUCCGCCGGAGAUACAGAAUCUAUUGCCUCAGGCACACUAAAGCGCAACUCGCUCAUCUCGCUCAGCUCCUCUGAGGGCGUCGGAAUGGGCCUAGGCUUGGGCUCGUGCUCGGGCUCCUCUUUGCGCAAUAGCAUUUGCAGUGCACCCGUCUCACUGGGCGGCUACAACUAUGACUACGAAACGGAGACAAUCAGGCGGCGCUUCCGCCAGCUGAAGUUGGAACGAAAAUGUCAAGAGGACUACAUUGGGCUGGUUCUGUCCCCCAAAAUGGUCGUCACCAACAACAAUGAGCAGCAGUAUCGAUAUCUGAUUGUUGAGCUGGAGCCAUACGGCAUGGCACAAAAGGAUGGUCGUCUGCGGCUGGGCGAUGAGAUUGUUAAUGUAAAUGGCAAGCAUUUGCGUGGCAUUCAGUCGUUUGGCGAGGUGCAACGUUUGCUCAGCUGCUUUGUGGAGAACUGCAUUGAUCUGGUCAUAGCGCACGAUGAGAUUGCCACUGUCACAGAUUUCUAUACCAAAAUACGCAUUGAUGGAAUGAGCACCCAGCGCCAACGGCUCAGCUAUGCACAACGCACGGACAGCCUGAACAGUUUGCAAAGCCUGCAGCUGCAAGUGGAACAGGAGCAGGACCGUGAACGAAAUGCGGCUGGACUGGAGGAGUGCGAGGAUCAGUGCGAUGCACGUUCCCUGGCCAGCGUCAGUACCCUGCCUUCGCCAAUGCCGUUGAUGCAGCAUCGUCGCAGCUCCACGCCGCGCCACUCGCUCGACGUGAGCGCGCCAGAGCAUGAACUGUUACGGCGCAGAGCGCGCAGCUCUUCAGGUCAGCGCAGCUUGGCUCUAACACCAACACCGCUCUUUAACAACCAAUCAAACAAUGACACCUCCUUCUCGACCUCUGUUAACACCAAUAACAAUAACGACUCGUACACUCCGGUGUAUGCAAAUCGAGCGGCCAGUGUCUGUGUGGGCUCUUCGCUGGCGGACGAUGAGAAAUGGCGGCUACUGGCACGAAAGCGCUGCUCGGAAGGGGCUGCACUGUCCUCCGAGACAGGCAUUGGUGGCCAGCAGUUCGGCCAGCGAAUGCAUUAUGCCCGCAAUUCCAUCAAUCUAACCAAUUCGCAUUAUCGCUCGCUGAGAUUCGCACAUUCGCGACUCAGUUCGUCGCGACUUAGCUUGUUCAUGCAGACGGCGCCGGCGACAGCAUCUAACAAUCUACCUGAUGGCAAUACAACAACCACAGAUACCCCAACAGCAACUGAUCUCACUAAUAAUACGCAACACCAGCAACAAAAACAACAACAACAACAACAACAGCAAUCACCACAGCACCAUUCAUUGUACAUCAAGCACUCGCCAAAAAACAUUUCAUUGUUUGCGCCUAAUCCGUUUCUUAAUUCCUGCUCCACUGCACCAUCCUCCUCAUCAUCAUCAGCAGCAGCAUCUGUAACAGCCUCAUUGGCACCUCCCGCCGCAUCACUAAUGCACCAUCGUCCAUCGCUGCCAGUGGCCAAGCUAACGAUACGCGACGAGGAAAUGGCUGAGGUCAUACGCGCCUCAAUGAGUGAGGGCAAUGGACGCUGCACGCAGAAGACAAUUACGUUUUUCAAAGGACCUGGCCUGAAGUCCUUGGGUUUCAGCAUUGUGGGCGGCCGCGACUCGCCCAAGGGCAACAUGGGAAUCUUUGUGAAAACAGUUUUCCCCUCGGGACAAGCCGCAGAUGAUGGCACGCUGCAAGCUGGCGAUGAGAUUGUGGAAAUCAAUGGCCACUCCGUGCAGGGCAUGAGUCAUGCCGAAACUAUUGGACUUUUCAAAAAUGUGCGCGAGGGCACAAUUGUGCUUAAAAUCUUAAGACGAAAACUACAAAAGGCAAAGUCAAUGGGCACAUAAGGGAAGCAUUGGAGCAAAUAUAUAUAUAUAUACUCUACAUACAUAUCGACUAUAAUUGUUAGCACUAUUGUUAAUAUCUGAACAAUAACACAUAAUUCGUUUGAACGUGUUAAAUGUACAUAGAACACUUGAAUUUAGUAAUAGUUAUGCUCUGGCACCCUGCAUAUAUGUACCUUUACUAGCAUACAUACUAUAUAUGUAUCACUAAAUAUAACUCAUUCAAAACUAGGCUAUUUGCAUGCUAUAAUGAUGUAAUUUAAUAAAUUAACCAUUUUAAAUUAGUUAGAUAAUCUAAGCUAAUCUUCCAAACGUUGUACAAUUUUUUGAAAAUUAAAAUGCCUACCGUAAAAUGAGUACCUAUAUAUACAGACUUCAAAUUA